GGGGGGUGACUGCUCGAGAUCGCCGGAUUAUUCCUCUGAUUUCCUCCCAGUGAUAUUACAUAAAAUGUAUCCAGAGAAUGAUCUUCACUGAGGACAGGAGGAACAGAAAUGGUUAAUAAUUCUGUGUGAUACAUCUCUUUUUGGAAAGCUGUGUGACGUCCAUACAGAAGCCAUUAUGGGGAUUAUACACAACUUCACAGAGUGUGAAGAAUAGAUGUGACUAGUUAUAGAGCGAUACAAUGACUGAUCCUGGGUUAAUGUAUUAGAAGACAGAUCCGACUCCAGACUAGAAUUCUCCAGUGAUCUCCAGCCCAUUCCUCAGCCCGGCCCAUUGUCUGCUCCGGCCUCCUACAAGCUGCAGAGUCUCAUGAACUCAUCAUUCUCUCCUCCAGAAACUUCAGGAAAUAUCCAGAAAGUGGAUGAGUGAAUAUAUAAGAGACAGGAGCCGGGACGUCCUGCAGCACCGAGCAGUCAGAGAGAAGACACUGACAACCAGGGACAUUGUCCUCAGCAUAACCCAGAGCAGAAGAGAAAGCAGCAGGAGAUGUUUCCUCUCAGCCUCCUCCAGUCCUCGCACAGUCCUCUGUGUGUCCAGCCUCCCCUCCCCCUCUGGCCGGCAGCCUCACACAUCAUCUUCGCACAGCUGGAAGACGACAUGAGGAAUAUGAGGAACGACCUGGAGAGGAGAAUGCAGCAGGUCAACCAGGCAUAUCAGGUCCUGGACAUGGACAUGAGAAGAAGAGCCGCCCAGAGCCCACGUCCUGAGGGCGAAUCCUCCUCUGUGAGGAAGGAAGGGAAGGAGAACUAUGAGCUCACCCUGGACAUCGGGGGCUUUUCUCCUGAGGAGCUGACGGUGAAGACAGAAGGCAGGAGACUGAUUGUGUCCGGGAAACAUGACAAGAAGAAGGAGGAUGAGCAUGGCGGCUACUUCCAUGAGUACAGAGAGUGGAGGAGAGAAGCCGAGCUCCCGGAGGACGUCAAUCCUGAGGACCUGCUCUGCUCCCUGUCCAAGGACGGACGCCUCCACUUCCAGGGUCCUCGCCGGGCGCUGCCACCUGCCCCAGAGAGGCCGAUACCCAUCACUGUAGAGGGGCAACAGAACCCCCCGGAGAUCCAGAACAGCCAACAUAAUGGAGAACAGAACCCCCCGGAGAUCCAAAACAGCCAACCUUAUGGGGAACAGAACCCCCUGGAGAUCCAGAACAGCCAACCUUAUGGGGAACAGAACCCCCUGGAGAUCCAGAACAGCCAACCUCAUGGAGAACAGAACCCCCCAGAGAUCCAGAACAACCAACGUAAUGGAGAACAGAACCCCCCGGAGAUCCAGAACAGCUAAUGUGAUGGGGAA